AUGGCUGUUCAAACUGACUGUAAAUCAGUUACAAAAGAAAUUAAAGCUCUACAACUCCAUGACAAACCAUCAGCUGUUGGAAUAGUCAAGGAGCCACUGGGGAUGGACGGCAUCAGACUAAAUAUCGCCAUCACUGGAGAAUCUGGCUCUGGUAAAUCCACCUUUGUAAAUGCCUUCAGGGGACUAUGUGACGAUGAUGAGGGAGCUGCUCCGACUGGUCUUACAGAAUCCUCAAUGGAUCCUAUGCCAUACUUCCAUCCAAACUAUCCCAAUGUUACCUUAUGGGAUCUUCCUGGAAUUGGCACCUUGAAGUAUCCAGCUGACACAUACCUGAAGGAUGUUAAAUUUGAGAAGUAUGACUUCUUCAUCAUCAUGUCAGACACUCGCUUCAGAGAAAAUGAUGUGAAACUCGCUCGCGAGAUUCAGAGGAUGAAGAAAAAGUUCUACUUUGUUCGCUCAAAGAUCGACAACGAUUUACGAGCUGAGAGAAGAAACAGAGACUUCAGUGAAGAGAGGACUCUGACAAAGAUCAGAGACGACUGCGUUAAAGGACUCAGAGGAUUAGGCGUCGAGUCUCCACAGGUCUUCCUGGUGUCCAGCUUUGAGCUCCACCUGUACGACUUCUCUCUCUUACAGCAGACCUUAGACAAAGAACGUCUUAAAAUCAAGAGGGAAACUCUGCUGUUCCUCUUCCCCAACAUCAACCCAGAGAUCAUCAGAAAGAAGAAAAAAACUCUGAAGUCCACAAUAAUAGGCUAUGCUUUUGGAUCUGCAGCUGGAGCAGCUGUUCCACUUCCUGGUCUUUCUGUUGCUGUUGAUGCUGCUGUGCUGGUUGGUGCUGUCACACAUUUUGUUCAUGAGUUUGGUCUCGAUAUCCCGUCUCUGAAGAGACUUUCUGCCAGAACAGGUGUGCACUACGAUGAUCUUCAGGCUGCCAUCGUUUCACAACUGGCUGCAGUAGAAAUAACUGCAGAGCUCCUCCUGAAAGUGGUAGCCCAACUUGGGUCCGUAGCUGCAUUAAUUGCAGCAGAGGAAGUGUCCAGAUUUAUUCCAUUUAUUGGAAUUCCAGUAUCAGCGGGUCUCUCUUUCACCACAACCUACAAAAUUCUGAUAUUGAUCCUUGAUAAGAUCGCUGAAGAUGCUCAGAGGGUGUCUGAAAGAGUUUUAGUCUGA